AAGCUGUCUAUUUUGAGCAGAACUAUUGAAUAGUUGAACCGCAUUGUGUUGGAAUCCUAGCUCCAGCUGAUAUUAAGGAUGGCGUCAGAAAAAUAUACAAUGGUAGGAAAUGAAUUUGAAGACCUACUGAAAGAAUUCGACGAUGUGAUGGAGGACUUCGAAACUCCCACUCCAAAGAGAAAUUACGAUCAGCAUUUGAAACAAGCGAAAAAAGAUAGUGCCACCCCCACGGGAGACAGCGCAUUUAACGAGUCAGUCGACAGUGGUAAUUCCUCCCCUGGUAGCAGUCUAAGCAACAGUGAAGAAAAUCUGACUAUAGCCGAAGUGACAACACCUUCAAAUGCAAAACUUGGAGACACAAGUGACCUGGAGAGCUACAUUGAAAACCUAGACAGAGUAUUAGCUGAGAUGUGAAAUGACUAGACAGACACAGAUAGAGGAAGGACCCUUGCUGCAUGUAUUCAGAAAUGAUCAAAAACACCACUGCUUCACACACAAGAGCCUAGAAACUGACGAAGUAAUAUGCAUUAUAGAGAACUAGGUUUCUGUUUGAAAGUUACCAAAUCCUUUUUCAGAUUGAGCUGUUUAUAAAGUCAGUUGGACAAUUUGGACUAUUGAAGGGGGGAAAAAAGUUUGCUUUAAAAGCUGUAAUUUCAUCUCAGGUUUUUGAUGACAUGUACAUCAGAGGGCUGUAGCUUGAGAGACCAAGUACUCUCAAAGGAACCAUAGCUGUACAUUACUCCUAAUGUGUGUGACAAACAACACUUAUAACUGAAUACUGAUAAUCCCUUCAGUACAUUUUUAUAAAAUAAUGGCAUUUUCCUGAAUUGAAAAUACAGUGAAACCUGAAUUAACCAUUCAACAGUAGGGCCAAACAACCAGUGUUUGGAGCUUAAGACAAGUGACUGCUUUUUCAAGGUUCUUCAGAUAUUCACUUGUAUUGGGUUAGUGGGAGGCCAGAGUUCAGUGACUGAGUCAUUGUUUCUGCUGGGAAAAAAUGUCCCCCAUUUCUUAAAAGUGUUGUACUUGUGUAUAAACAUUGUACAUUUGACUGUGAAUAUUACAAAAAUAAACUAUUAUUGAUUUUUAUUGUAA